CUCCAGUGUAAACAUCCGCCGCUUCUGUCAGCUAGCUGCGCGUGGUCCGGAGGCUGCCGGUGCACCGUUUCCCGGCGCUUUGAGCAGCAGAUAAACGCUGAAAUGCGGAGUUUGAAAACGCAGAGGAGCUCAAAUGAACACGCGAAAAGGUGAUGGACUUGGAGACGCGACAGAAGAUGGAAGCGCAGAGCAGAGCUGCUCCUGUCAGCGUGGAGGUGAAGCGGCUCUCUGCUGCCACAGCUGCUGCUCCGUCACCAAACCCUUCAAGGACCUGGCCAGAUUUAGGCCCCAAACAUGGAGCAAACACUGUAUCAGGAAGUUCUGGCUGUCCGGUCCAGGAGACCAGCGCCGGUUUCCCGCAGAGGAACCGGGCCGAACGAGAUCCAGGAGUGAAGACCUCCAAAAGCAGCAGAGACUUUCAGGGAAGAAACGUGGGCAGAAACUCAGCAGAGCGACAGAAAAGAGCUUCCAGAGGAGCCCAAAACUCAGCAGCAGUCCAAGCGAACCUGCUUCAGUUUGAGGGGAAGAUGGUGGAUUUUCCACAGCUGGAAAGUGUGUCCUUGUCCAAAGAAGCAGCUCAGAAAGACCGCUGGGGUCCAGACCCCCAACCGAAACCCCCCCAAACAGCAAACCAGGUCUGGACGGCUGUCGGGAACUCUGACCCUCCUCAAAAUGCCCCCCAUGGUGAACCGGGGGCUGCCGCCGUCCCAACAGCGGCGGGAAAGUCCUGGGCUAACGUUGCCUCCCAGCCUCCAAAGAAACCCGUCAGAGCCGAGCAGACGACCAGCAGCUUUCAGACAGAAGAACCAAAAGACGACGAAGCUCCAGGAAAGAAAAAGAGGAAGAAGAAGAAGAAGGCUAAAGGCGGCGCUAAUGACGCUGCAGCGGAGCCGCAGAGCCCCGCCGUCCCGCUAAGACCCCCCAAAUUCGAGGAUGAACUUGAGUUUCCUGGUUUGGGAGUCGCUUCGAAAGGAGCUGAGAUGUUCAUAACCAGCAGUAGCACGAAGCUAAACAGCGAGGAGAACCAGCUUCUGUCUGCAGAGCCGAGCCUGAAAAAGUCACCCAUUGGAAAAAGUCAGAAAGCUGAGAAAGUUUCCGGCAAAAAGAGCAAAGUUCCCGUCCAGCUGGACAUCGGAAACAUGUUGGCGGCCUUGGAGAAGAAGCAGCGAUUCCAGGGAUCCAAGCAGGAGGCCAAGCCAGUCAGUCUCUCAGUUGGUGGAGGACUGCCUGUCGUUCACAAGCAAGCCUUAGCCCAGAAAAAGCCUCCAUGGCAGCAGGAGAAAGUGGCGCACAACCCUCUGGACUCCACCUGCCCUCUGGUGAAGAAAGGCAAACAGAGAGAGGUGCCCAAAGCCAAGAAACCGACUCCUCUCAAGAAGGUCAUUUUGAAAGAAAGAGAAGAACGGAAACAAAAGCGAUUGUUGGAGGAGAGAGGUCUGCUGCCAGAAAACGAGCAGGAGUCUAGAAAUGACGCCGCGGAGGAGCAGCGUGAGGAGAACACAGAUGCCGUUGGGUUGGACAGUUCUGGAGGAGAACCUGACGAUCCGAUGGAGUCAAACGAACCAAAUCCAGUCCCAGAAGAAGAGGCAAACGAGGACAAAACCGUUCAGCAAACCGCGACCUCACCUGUGCCCCCCCCAGCAAAUGUACCUAAAAUCCACAGCAGGAAGUUCAGAGACUACUGCAGCCAGAUGCUGAGGAAGGACGUGGACGAGUGCGUCACCGUCCUCCUGAAGGAGCUGGUCCGCUUCCAGGACCGCCUGUACCACAAGGACCCCAUCAAGGCCCGCAUGAAGCGGCGGCUCGUCAUGGGGCUCCGGGAGGUCCUGAAGCACCUCAAGCUCCGGAAGGUCAAGUGCGUCAUCAUCUCGCCCAACUGUGAACAGAUCCAGUCCAAAGGCGGCCUGGACGAGGCGCUCCACACCAUCAUCCAGACGUGUCGGGAGCAGGCCGUGCCCUUCGUCUUUGCCCUGUCCAGGAAGGCUUUGGGACACUGCGUCAACAAGGCCGUGCCCGUCAGCUUGGUGGGCAUCUUCAACUACGACGGCGCUCAGGAUCACUACCACAAGAUGAUCGAGUUGUCGGCCGAGGCCAGAAAGGCCUACGAGGUUCUGGUGUCCAGCCUGGAGCCGGGAGACCAGCAGGAAGAGGCAGACGGCGGCGGAACUGCAGAGGAGCGGCUCAGUCAUAACCCGACCGAGGAACCUGCUUCUGGUUCUGUCACAGCAGAACCUGAGAAACCACAUUACAUCAAAUUCUGGGAAACAAAAGAAAAUGGCACAUUUCUGAACUUUGAGGAGCAGCUGAACUUCCUGCAUUUAGACCAUGAAUGUACAGAAACCUUUGAGGAGCAGAAGAGUUGAUAUUGGUUAACGCACUUGUUUAAUACAUUUUUCCCCACAAUUUUCAUAAACUACUUUUGUUUUCUCAUUUGAGAAUAAGUUCUGAUCCAGAUGACGUGGAAAUCCUCUUCAUCUGAGUAUCUAUCAGGGAUGUCACAACCAGCUGGAGAGAGACGGAUGGAGGAAAAAGACUGACUGAAGGAAAUGUGAAGCUUUUAAUGUGAAAGAGCUCAGAAAGGAAGUUUUAGGCUCAAAAGAUGUAAAUAAAAGAUCUUCUGAUGUUAAGAAGACAAACGUGGUACUUUUAGUUUAGAGCUACAAAAACCUUUAUUUGUGAAGACACUCGCUCCAGAUGAACCGGGUCCAGUUGACCCACUACGUCAAUAGAAUCAACCUGAAUAAAGGAGGAAACACCCAGA